CCCCCCCCCUCUUUUCUUUGUUUAUGUGCUGUGCCAUGAGGAGCCCUGAGGGUUUUGUCCCAGGAGAGCAAAGGGAACAUAUUUACAGCCCUGUCACCCACAGGCUCAGAGCUGGAGUCAGGGAAGAAGCACAUCCCUCUCCACAUCAGCCUGGAUGUUCUCUGCUGUGUUUGGGAUAAACCCUUGGCUCCCACCGCCACAGUGAGGGCACAGGAGGAGCUGUAAAUCCAAGAGAAAGAAGUUGGGUUCCUUCUUCAUGUCCUCUUAUCCUCUUCUUUGGGGCUGUGCUGGAAAACAGCCUUCCAAAAGUAGGAUUUUUUAUAAUAAAUGGGAGUAAUAGCUUCUGCAAAUUGGUUUUUGUUUUCCUUAGGCAGCUAAAGCAAGAUAAAUGGAUUUAUGGAAGUGAUAAGGACAAUUCUUAUUUAGUUAUAAAGAAUUGUCAGAAGAAUGCAGUUGUCAACAAAUCAGCCUCCGGAACUGGAUUGUUUUAAAAUUCAUUCCCAUUCAACGUAAGCUUUAUCUUAAUUCCCAUGGUUUUUGGAUGUUUCAGCCUGCAGGAGCUCAGAAAGGUAUAAAAUGUGAAUUUAUCCAUGUGAUUUUUAUCCAUUGUGAGUGAUAUAUAUUAUAACAGUUUCAUGGACUGGAUUAAUAAUUAGAAGCAAAGGAAAAAUAUUCUUUAUGUGGUGUAAUCUGGGAUUUCACUGGCACUGGGACUUUCUCCCAUUCCAGGUUUACAUUAUCUCCAAAGAGAUUCCUCUAAGGUGCCUCCUGAAACAAAUUUCUUUCAAAUCAGAAGGGAAUAUACAUCUGAUUCUUUUCUUCAUUGUUAAUUAACAUGUGCCAGAAUAAAUCCAUGAUUUUAUGUAUCCAAGCACAAAAUAGCAUAUUUUCCAUCUGUGUUUCUUUAAGCUCUGUGUUCUUUUCUAGGCACCUCAACUGAUAAAUUAAAAAGUAUAGAAUUUAUGUUUGGAAAAUAUAUGGAAUAUACCAAUGUAUGGCAAUCAAAACUGUGAUUAAUUGGAGUUAAAUAUGACCCAAAAAGUGAAACUCUGGAUUUUACAAUUUUUAUGUAUUUCUUCCCUUUGCCUCAGCAGGUAACACCUGGCCAUGGGAGGAAAUUACACACAGCCCAAAUUCAUCCUGCUGGGAAUUACAGACACUCCCUGGGCGCAGGCCCCUCUUUUUGGGCUCUUUCUGUUGAUUUACAUUGUCACUUUGGUGGGGAACAUCAGGCUCAUGGUCCUGGUUUGGGUGGCUCCCAGCCUCCACACCCCCAUGUACUUCUUCCUCACCCACUUUUCCCUGGCUGACGUCUGCUAUUCCACCGUCAUCUCCCCCAAAAUGCUCACAGAUCUGUUAUUUGGGGAUAAAACCAUUUCCUGGGCUGGCUGCGUGACACAAUUCCACCUCUUUGCUCUCUUUGUCACAGCCAAGUGUUACCUCCUGGCCGCCAUGGCCUACGACCGGCACGUGGCCGUCUGCCACCCGCUGCACUAUGCCAUGGUGGUGUCCCCCCGGGCCUGCUGGCAGCUGGUGGCCUGGUCCUACCUCGUGGCCUCCCUCAGCGCCCUCCUCUACACCGGCUGCACGUUUGGGGGCUCCUUCUGUGGGCCCCGCCGCGUCGACCACUUCUUCUGCGACGCCAGCCCCGUGCUGAGGCUGGCGUGCUCUGACACGCACGGCAGCGAGGCCGCCAUCUUCGCCCUGGCCACCGCCAACGGGCUGGGCACCAGCGUGGUCAUCCUGCUCUCCUACGGCCGCAUCCUCCACACCGUGCUGGGGAUGUGCUUGGUGCCCAGCAGGGCCAGAGCCUUCUGCACCUGCGCCUCCCACCUGGCGUCCGUGUCCGUGUUCUACGGCUCCCUGUUCUUCAUGUACCUGCAGCCGGCGUCACGGCACGGCAGCCGGGACAAGGUGGCCUCUGUCUUCUACACCGUGGUCAGCCCCAUGCUCAACCCUUUCAUCUACAGCCUGAGGAACAAGGAGGUGAAGGCAGCGCUGGGGAAGUGCAGGAGGAGGAUGUUAAACCUCUGCCAGCAUCAGAGAAGUGCAGCUUGUGGCAUCAGGGAGUCCUGGAAUGGUUUGAGUUGGAAGGGACCUUAGGGAUCACCUGGUCCUACACUCCAUGGGCAGGGACACCUUCCACUACACCAGACAGUUCCAAAUCCCAUCCAACCUGGCCUAGAACUCUUUCAGGCAUGGGGCAGCCACAGCUUCUCUGGGAAACCUGUGCCAGAGACUUCCAACCCUCACAGGGAAGAAUUUCUUCCCAGAAUCCCAUCGAAACCCACUCUCAGCUUAAAGCCAUUCCCUGUUGUUUUGCCACUCCAUGCCCUUGUGGAAGCAAACUGUUCCUCUAAAGCAAGAAUAAAAAAGUUAAAUUAAAUUACAUGGAUUUUUCCUGGAUCCUCAGAGUUUAAUAUAAGUUCUUCCGCAGUUCCUCACAAAACUCAAUUACAAUACUUAUCCUGGAGAAAUAGACCCCACAGUCCUUCCAUAUUCCUUGGAAGGAAACAGGAGUGGGAGCCUCAAACCUGAAUUUCCUUUGUGGCCACAGGGCUAUGGGAAGAAAUCACCCAGAAUUAUUUCAGGGCAUUAUUCCAAUUAAACCUUUCUUUCUCCCAGGAAAAAACAAAUCACAGCUUUAUUGGUUUAUAACUUAUUUGCACUGAUCAAUAUGUAUUUUUCUUGCAAGAUUAUUGUCCUUAUCCCUAAAUUCCAAUAAAAUUCCUCAUUGUUACCUGUGAGUUAUUUAUUAGAACCAAGCUGCUGGGGUGGGAAGGAGCAUUUGGGAAGAAUAAGAGUAUUUUAAAAUGUGUUUGAUAAAUGAGUAAGAUAAAAGGCUUUAAAAGUGCAAAUUUUUUAUGACUUUGAGGGAUAAGAAGCUGAUGCAAGUCAGGAUCUCAAGAUAUACCUUGGAAUGUCAAGGAGAAUGCAAAACACAUAUUGAAAACCUAACAGAUGCAUUUCACUCAAACUUUAAGCACUUAAGUGUCUUGGUUUCCAUAGAUGAAAGAGUCCUCAACACCUGAUCUAUGGAUAGUUGGGAGCUGUUUGGGUCUGGAAAAGGCCCUAAAAAGCCAAAAACAACAGUUCACCAAAUUAUAGCUCAAUAAAGAAGGUACAGGGAUGUCCACAAUACUGGGGAGAGACCAGCAAUCCUUUUCCUGGCAAGCACUUAGAAUGGAAAAAAACUCCUACUUUCUGCUCAUCCUAACAAAUUCCAAAGGAUAAAUAUCCUCUGUUGUUUUUGAGGGCAAACUGAGUGCAAUCCUGCAAACUUCUUUCACAGUUCAGAUAGUCUGGAUAAACUCAGCAGACACUUCCCCUUCUCCCUCCUCUUCUCCUCACCCCUCAUUUUGGUUGUCCCUCACCUGCUGACACCUUUUGGGGGUGGGAUGAGUUUGGACUCUGCAGAGGGAUAAACCCUGGCUGUGGCAGGGAAAGGUGGAAGCAGAAAACUUUUCCCUUUGGUGUUGUGUUGUAGAUGUUUUAUUCUGAGGAGUUACAUGAGAACUCACUUCUGUUUGAAAAGUAAAUGGACUGUAAGUAGUCUCCUUGUUCUCUGGGAAAAACAGCAGGAGAAGAGAUGUUUUAAGUCUGGGGGGAAAUGGGAGAGGUACAUUUGGACCUGGAUGAAGAAGCUGGAAUUGAUAUAAUUAAAUGAUAAAGGUAUAAAGGUAUAUAUUUGAUAGAUAUCAAAGCUGGGUGGGGAGGGACUUUAAAGCUUAUCCCAUUCCCACUCCCUGCCAUGAGCAGGGACACCUUCCACUAGACCGAGCCCUGUCCAACCUGGCCUUGGACACUUCCAGGUAUGGGGCAGCCCCAGCUACUCUGGGCAGCCUGUGCCAGGGCCUCAGCACCCUCCCAGGGAAGGAUUUCUUUGCUGUAUCCAGUGUAAAUCCACUCUCCUUCAGUUCAAGAUUUUCAGGUUUAAAUGAAGAAUUAAGAAAGCCCACCAGCAGGUCUGAGCUCCAGGGUCCCACCAUGCAGGUGCUCACAGCUAUUUCCAGCACAAGGGAUGCUGCUCCCAUUCCCAGAGCAAGAAGUGAUCCUGGGAGACCAACCAUCUUUCAAGGGAUCACCAGCUUAACAAGAUCUUUUGGGCUUUGCCAAGAAAGUUUCCUAAUCAUCAUCAUGGAACUUCUCAGAGGGCUUUUCAACAACUUCUUUCAUUAAUCUUAAUAAGCCAUUAUAGACUAAUUAGCUAAGGAUAACAAGGAAGAAAGUUCCUUCCUUGUUAAAGACAAAGAAAACUUCUCCAGAUGCUUUGUUUGUCAGAUUGAGGCCCUGGAGCCAAAACGCUGGAGGGUCAAUGUGUUGGCACGGGACUGUGCUAGGACACCUUAAAGCUCAUCCAGUGCCACCCCUGCCAUGGGCAGGGACACCUUCCACUAUCCCAGGCUGCUCCAGGCCCCAUCCAGCCUGCCUUGGACACUGCCAGGGAUCCAGGGGCAGCCACAGUUUCUCUGGGCAACCUGUGCCAGGGCCUCACCACCCACACAGGGAAGGAUUUCUUCCCCACUAUCCAAUCUAAAUGCUGUCAGUGUAAAGCCAUUCCCCCUUGUCCUGCCACUCCAGGUCCUUGCCCAGAGUCCCUCUGCAGCUCUCCAGGAGCCCCUUUAGGCUCUGGAAGAACCUCUCAGGUCUGACCUCUACACUGAGCUCAGAUAUGGGUUAGUGCUGGCCUUGGCAGAGCUGGCUUAACAGUUGGGCUCCAUGAUCUUAGAGGGCUUUUCCAGCCUAAAUGGUUCUGGGAUUCUGUAACCGUUUCUACCCAUACUUGCUCCUGGUGAGUAUUCCUGCCACUCCUUCUGUGCUCAGUUUCACUGUAGUUCCAACAGUUUGUUCUUCCUUCUUCUCUGUCUCUAUUUUAGAGGGGAAAUCGCACAGUUGCUCAAAACUAAGCAAAGCCUUUUUAAUAAUAAAACCAAAAUAUGAACAAAAUGUCAGGAUAGGGAGCAGCAGUUGCAAUUCCACCAUGAUCCAUAGAGAUGCCAGAUGAGGGCUCCCUGCUCUUUGAGCAAGCUUGAGCCUUGAGUUGGGUCACUGCCCACCCUGGUGUUAGCAACCAGGAAAUUAUCCUUGGAAUGGAUGAUUUUGGAAGCAGCUCCUUCAGCAGGAGACUUGCCCUGGUAAUUAAACACCAUCAGUUUCAGGAAGUUUGAUGGUAGCCUGAGGGUUUAUGUCCCACUUCUUUUUAUAUAUAUAAAUUUAUACGUAUAAAUAUCUUAAUACAUAUAUCUUUAUGUAUGUAAAGAAAGUUUGUGUAUAGAAUUUCUUUAUAUUUUUCUUAAUAUACAUAUAAUUUUAAAUAUAUAUAAAU